AACAUGGAAGGAACUUAAUGCUCAGUACUUAGCUCAUGAGGUGCUAAAACAACUAUGUUUAUCAGUUUAAUGAUAAAAUUGAUUGUUUUCCUGUAACGGAAGCCGUAUUUAUUGACCUAUUGAAACCUGUUCAACAUUGACUCCUGUUAAAUGUUAAGCGUCAGUAUUAAAACGUGUCGAGAAGGAUGUGUAGCUAACAUUAGCUCAAGAGUGCUAAUGGCAAGAACUUGCUAACUAGUGCUAACACGUAGACACGCUACCUCUACCUAGCUUCACUCGCUCGCACAAAUUUACAGAAGUGAAUGAAAGGCGACGUGUUGUUAGGACCUUCACUUUGUGAAUUACACAGCAGGAAUGAAGAAGUGGACCUGGCGAGAGGGGCAGCGACCGCACAGGCGACAAGGGGGUGGUCACCGCCGCGGCUGGUACAGAGACAACCGGCAAAGAUCAGCACAGGACGAACAGUGGUAUGGACACGAUGCAGGGCCGUCACGUAGAACAUCUCAGAGGAGGUAUGAUAACCAGUCUGCCUCUUCCUCUUCUUCAUCGUCUUCCUCAUCCUCAUCUUCUGCCUCCAAGGCCAGCAGUGCUGCCCCAGAACUGCCUGGUUUUUACUUUGACCCAGAGAAAAACCGAUACUUUCGUCUGUUGCCGGGACAUAACAACUGCAACCCGCUGACCAGAGAGCGGCUGCAGGAGAAAGAAAGGGAGAAACAGAGAAACAAGUUGCUCGCAGAGGAUGAAAAACCCAGAAAAAAAGCACCAAGAGCAGGACUGAACACUUCACUGCUGCUGCAGAAAAGACACCUUGGCUUGUUACCUGAGAGCUCCUAUUGCAGGUUGGUCCAUGAGGUGAAGGUCAGCGGAAUGAGACGCCACAAACUAGAGAUCCAGAGCACAGACAACAGCAACCCCAACACUGACAACUUCAGACUGAUAGUGGGGGACUCGGCGUGUGAGCGAGUGUUUACAGUCAAUGAUGUCUCUCACGGCGGCUGCAAGUACGGCAUCAUGAACUUCAGCAGCAGUAGCCGGGGCUCUCUGUCAGUGGAGAUGUGUGAUAACCUUUACUUCACCAACCGCAAGGUGAAUUCCAUAUGCUGGGCCUCAGUCAACUAUCCAGACUCCCAUGUGCUGCUUUGUCUGGUCGGAGUGGCAGACACCCCUGGCUGCGUCAGUUUACUUCCUGCUUCGCUCUUCAGCAACUCCAACCCAGACCAGCCCGGGAUGCUGUGCAGCUUUAAGAUAUCCACAGCCUGGUCUUGUGCUUGGUGUCUCAACCCACAGUUUGACAAGACCUUCAGCACUGGCCUGUCUCGCAGGGUAAUUGUGAAAGAUGCAGAGACGGGCCGAACACAGACGUACAGCGUAGGCAGCGAUGUCUUGGCUCAGCAGUUUGCCCUUAGGGUCCCUGUGCUGUUUAACGGUUGCCGAUCGGGGGAGAUCUUCAGCAUCGACUUGCGGCAGCGCGGCCGCAGGGAUCAAAGCUGGAAGGCCAGCCGCUUCCAUCAAGAAUCAGCCAUCACUUCUGUCCGCGUCCUCCAGGAUGAGAACUAUCUACUGGCUGCUGACAUGCUGGGCCAGAUCAAGCUGUGGGAUGUGCGAGUGACAAAACCAGUGCAGGAGUUCAAAGGGCAUUAUAAUGAACAUGCCUACCUUCCUAUUCAUGUCAAUGAACCUGAGGGACUUCUGUUGGCAGUGGGUCAGGAUUGCUACACGAGGUUAUGGAGCUUAAAGGACGGCCACCUGCUACGGACCAUCCCAUCACCCCACCCGGUUGCAAACGACCUGAUCCCAAGCGUCGUCUUCUCCUCCAAGUUGGGUGGCUGCAGGGGGCUCCCCGGCCUGCUCAUGGCUGUCAAACAUGACCUGUAUUAUUUCCCAUACAACACUGACUACCAGGAAGGAGGAGAGCAGAUGGCUGGAUUUUGUGAAAAUGUUUCAUCUGACACGUGAUUUCUGAAAAAAAAAAGAC